CACUCAUACCCAGAAACAGAAGCAAAAAAACAGAGCCAGGACUACUCCCCCUUUCCUUUUCUCUCUCAUCUCAACACCAACAACAAAGAAGCUUCCGUCGUUUUCUCCCAGAACAACAACAGCUACCCUUCUCUUCUCUUCUCCUUUAGUUUUCGUUCACGGUGGUCCUUUGUUUAGUUCUCUCUUCCCUUUAAUGGCUGACAAGGAAGGCUCUGAGGUGGACCAGCUUGGGGUCACAGAAGGGACGAGCUUCUCUCAGCUACUCUUCGAAGUCGAGAAUGAUGUGGUGGGUCUCCGUGUUAACGAUCAUCAUCAUCAAAACCAAAUCUUCAACUACACCAACACCAACACCAACACCUGUUCUUCUCUUUAUUCGGCUGCCGACCUUAAAUCCCCCAAAAUGCUCUGUUUCGGCGACUUUCAUGAGAACGACGACAGCAAUAAUCUCCACCUUGGGGAAUUUGGGUUCCCGGAGAUUUCAGUUUCCCGGCCAGCGCAGAAUUCAGGGCUCACAUGCAGCGAGUCCUCCUCUGUUUCUUCCACCACCACCGCCAAGGCGGCCUUGUCGUCCUCCAAGUCUAAUAGUAACCAGAAGAAGCGAAACGGGGUGGCGCAAGAACAGGUCCAAUGUGCAAAGGAGGAGAACACUCAGGCCGGCCAGAGAAGCUCUAAGAAGCGGAGAACCGACAAACCCGCUGCCGCAAAGAAGAGAGAGAAGCUUGGAGAAAGAAUCUCAGCUCUGCAACAACUCGUGUCACCCUUUGGAAAGACGGACACAGCCUCAGUGCUACAUGAAGCCAUGGGAUACAUAAGGUUCUUACACGACCAAGUUCAAGUUCUGUGCUCGCCAUACCUGCAACGCUUGCCUUCAUUGUCACCUGAGGGAAGAGAUGGGGCGGAGAAGAAGGGCAGUCAUGACCUGAGAAGCAGGGGACUGUGUUUGGUGCCGACGGAUUACACGACACACGUGGCGAACAACAACGGUGCGGAUUACUGGUCGUCGGCAGGCGGAAAAUAAUAACGGCAAUAAUGUGUCAUCGUCGACGGGAUAUUGAUGAAGGACUAGUGAAGCAGCUUUUGUGUACGUGGCCAAACCUAGAAGGAGACCUAAUGCCUGCGCAUUUUGCUUGUUUUGGGAAACCUACAACAAUGACAUGACAGCGUAAUUUUUGGGGUUAAAAAGUGAAAAGAGAAUUUAGGGGGGAAAGUUGGUAGCAGUAGACAGGUAGGAGGAGGAUUAGCCUAGUAGGCGUAUGAAAAUGGUGUUUGUAAUUUUGCUUGUAAUGUGAGGAAUUGGGAAUGAAAGGGGAAAAGGAAUGCUGGUGUGUUUUGGGGAAGGAGACGUGUGGGUGUUUGGCCAAGGUUGCUUUGGCAUGGCUUACACGUAAAUUUCGAAGGGCUAACCAAGUACCAAUGCCAUCAUCUUCAUCUUGGAUUGUUGUGCAGCUUCUUUUUUUUGGAUAUAUUGUUGUGCAGCUUUGUUACUUGAGAAUUUCUUGAUUUUGGGCAGUAAUUACGAUUACAAAUCUUGAAUUAGGUCUUUCUGGAAAUGAAAAAAAAAAGCAUUGAAGUGGUUCUAGAGUGUAGACCAUCGCAAG